ACCGCCCCUUACAUACAAGUAUGGAAUUAUAUCGGCUGUUUUAAAGCAGGAAAACGCCGUCUUACUAAGCAGUAACACAACAUAUUUCGAUUGGAACUACAGACGUGGAUAAAUUUGAACAUGGCAAAAGUUAACUGCUGUUUCAAAGGAGUGUUCAUUUUCUUCAACAUUUUGUUUGAGAUCGCAGGAGGCGUUCUGUUGGCGCUGGGGAUCCUGGGACAUGUUCUUUACCGUGACAGCGAGGAGUUUAACACCAUGGUGGUGGGAGUAGUCAUUCUGUACAUCCUGGGAGGAGUCACCAUGGUGAUAUCAUUCUUUGGGGCAUACGGUGCAUACAAGGAGAAGAAAUGGGCGCUGAUUGUGUUUGCUGUUGCGAUGGGCCUGGGUUUCUGCGGACUUCUGCGUGUUGCAAUUCCAAUGAUGGUUUCGCGCCCACAGAUUAAAUCCCAGCUGGAGGAACAGCUGCGCUCAGCUAUGCCUUUGGAUGAAGCUAACCCAGAAUUCCUGCAUGCAGCGGAAAUAAUACAGACCCAGCUGAAGUGCUGCGGAAUCUUUGACGGCUACGUAGAGUGGGGGAGCCACAUUCCGAACUCCUGCCUCUGUCCCACGCAGCAUCUGGAGGCUGAUAAAUGUGAGAGGGUGGAAAGUUCAAGGUUGGAGGCAACGAAGGAAAGGAGUUUUCUGGAACGGCUCAACAGUGACUCAGAGAAUCUGGUCUACAAGGAGCCUUGCUUGCCCGUCCUUAUGAGCAGCAUAGAUAAAAUCUUCGACAAGGUCGUGGGAACAGUCUUCGGGUUCGCUUUCAUGGCGCUGAUUGGAUUGAUAAUGUCACUGGUCCUGAUCUGGUGUAUCAACGGACAUCGUACUGCAGUACCAAUGAUAUUCAGCGUGAAUCCCGCUCCACCAGCUUACAGCAAGCUGUACAGAAUGAGUUAACUGACCCAGGUUAUUGUCCACAGCCAUGGCUAGUCUCUCUGAUACAGCCAAAUUUAACAUUUAGCAACUGUCACAACUUCACCUUCUUUGUUUUGAAAUCACUAUUUCACAACCAGUUUGUUGCCUCUGUUCACCAAAGAUGUAAUUCUUAACAAUAAAUCUAUAAUAGGCUUUUACUUUUUGACUAUGUUACAAACUACAUAAUUUCUUGAUGUAAAUAUUCUGUAAGCAGCAGGGUUAGAGUCGGUGUUGAAAUUCAUGGCAUAAUUCUUAUGUUGAAAUUAAUGGUACAAUUCCCUUUUUUGAUCUUAAGAAGUUUGGAAUUUACCUGUUCCGAUUCAAAUGCUUACAGUUAUUGUAAUUCCAAUUAAUGAAUUGGAUUAUUUGAAUUGGUUUCAGACACUUUAAAGAACGGAAAUAAUUAUCCUAGAUUUCUGAUUAAAUAAAGAGUACUGUCUUUUGUUAA